AAGCUCUGGAGAGGCGGAAGGGGCUGGGAAUUCUGUUAUUAUCUGUAACAGACAUCCGAGUCCAUCUGUGUUUGUGUGCGGACUGGACGACGCGAUAUUGAGGCGGAGAGCCGCUGUCUAAAGCGCCAGGAUGUUGAAUAUGUGGAAAGUCAGGGAGCUGGUGGAUAAAGCUACCAACGUGGUGAUGAACUAUUCAGAGAUAGAGUCCAAGGUUCGAGAAGCUACCAAUGAUGACCCCUGGGGCCCAUCGGGUCAGCUCAUGGGUGAGAUUGCCAAAUCCACGUUUAUGUAUGAGCAGUUCCCUGAAGUGAUGAACAUGCUCUGGACCAGAAUGCUUAAAGACAACAAGAAGAAUUGGAGGAGAGUUUACAAGGCCUUACUACUAUUAGCGUACCUCAUCAGAAAUGGGUCAGAACGGGUGGUCACCAGCACCAGAGAACAUAUCUAUGACCUGCGUUCUUUGGAAAAUUAUAAUUUCUUAGAUGAAAAUGGGAAAGAUCAGGGCAUAAAUGUACGGCAGAAGGUCAAAGAAAUGGUAGAGUUUGUCCAGGAUGAUGACCGGUUACGUGAGGAGAGGAAGAAGGCAAAGAAGAACAAGGACAAAUACAUUGGAGUUUCUUCAGACAGCAUGGGAGGAGGCUUGAAACAAAGUAACUCGGGAGAACGGUUUGACCCCGAAUCCAAAAGCGGAUGGGAUGAGGACUGGGACAAAAACAAGAGCAGCUUCCCUUUCAGUGAAAAACUCGGUGAGAUAAGUGAUAAAAUUGGUUGUACUAUUGAUGACACAAUCAAUAAAUUUCGCAAGAAGGAGAAGGACGACUCGCCAGACCAUAUCAGUGACAACGAGGAGGACAAAGUUUCACGCAAUGGACGGCCUGCGAAGUCUGAGUUCAAGGAUGAUGAAGAGUCUGUAACAACCAAAUGCGUCCAGAUCACACAGACCACAGACAGCAUCACCUCUACCACCACCAUCUCCACACGCAAACGUGGCGGAGUCCCGUCAAAAACUGUUGACUUGGGUGCUGCUGCUCAUUACACUGGUGGUAAAAGCAGUCCAGAUGCUGACAACACAAAGACAAUAGUCAGUGUGUCAUCUAGCAUAGGGCUGGCUGAUCUGUUGAUGGUGGAGUCUGGCUCAAGUCAACGAGUGUCUUCAUCAGGUGGAAGCUCAGACCUUGUUGGUGAGUUUGCAGAUUUUUCCUCACCUGCUGCCUCUGCCAGUCUCCCUUCAGCUGCUGGUUCGCUGUCCACUGGUAACGGUGAGUUUGGUGACUGGAACGCCUUUGCCUCCACCAGUCCUCCUGCCUCUGCUGCUCCAUCUGCCAUCUCAGAUCUAUUCAGUGACGUGUCCACUCCAGCUGCACCUGCACCCACAUCCACCCAACCACCUUCUGCCGACCUCUUUGACCUGAUAGGCUCCAACAACAGCAACCUUAGCGCAUCCCAAAGCAUGACCUUCAAUAUGUGCCCGUAUACUGCAGCCAUGUCCAGAUCACAGACAAUAGGGGGUCCAUUAUUGCCCCAUCAGAUGGGACUACAGAAGUCAGGGGGAACGCUAUCAAUGCCCACCACCUGGUCCGACCCAAGCGUGAACAUCAACCUGGAUUUCCUGUCCGCAGGCCUGAACCCUUCCAAGCCUACACAGCCCACACUCAACACCAUGAUGCAGCAAGGUGUUCAGCCACCCUUGAACAUGGUCACGCAAAAUUUUGCCGGAAUAACACUCAAUGCCCAACCCUCAGCGCUUCCUGCCAGAGCAGGAAUGAACCCCAUGAUGGUUGGAGGGACCAUGGGCAUGGGAAUGCCUCCUGCUAUGGUAACGGGCACCAUGGGGAUUAACUCUAUGGGUAUUGGAGGAAUACCCGUCAAUCAAGGACUAAUGGGCAUGAACAUGGCACCCACUAGCACAGGCCUGCAAUGUGCCCUUGGCAUGCCUAGCAUGGUCAUUGGUCAGGGUAUAAACCCCACCAUGGUGCAGCCUAAACAAGAUGCCUUCGCAAACUUUGGCAACUUUGGGAAGUGAAGGGUGAUUCGGUCCAAUAAACAUUCGAGAAGGAAGGAGCUGCAUCCUGUAAAAUGGACAGAACUAGCCAUUGUCAUGACUCUUCAAUCAUCUGUCCUGAUAGGUUAACAAAGCAUACAAGUAUCUGCUUUUCUUUCAUGUGGGAUAGGUGAUCGAAGGGUGUUGUUUUUUUUUUUGUAAACGGUGCAAAGCAUAUUAUGUACUUUUAAAGGAAAACAGAUGGUGUCCUUUUGAAGCUUGGUACAUUUUCCACUGUUUUAAAACCGAAACCUCAUACACAUUAUGUAUUUUGUCAUGCCCCCAUUCACUAUUUUAACUAAGAUUGAUUUAAGAAAUUACCUCAUAAUUUACAUUAUUCAUGCUGUGAUUGAGACUGCAAGGGUUUGACAGUGUAAAUAUGGCAGUGUGCAAAAAAUUUAUUAUUUGACUCCAUUCUCAAAUGUAUAAGAUGGGACAAAUGACGACUGGCCCUUAAUAUUUGGUUGCUGUUUUUAUUUUCAGUUUGAAUUAUUAUGGAGAAAUAGUCCUUGAAUUCCAUUAUCACACCAAAAAUCUUCUAUUUGGGUUUGCGACAGCCUCUCUGGCUUGUACAGCGAGUCAAAGAAUAUGGUCAACAUUUUUUACAGACUAUAUCUGUAGGUAUAGUUUCAGUACUUUUGUGUAGCAAGCUGCCUCACCAUAAUUUUAAGUGUGCCUGGAGAUGCACUGGCUGCCUUUUUAUAAUGAAAGUGAUCUAUGUGAAGCUUGUAAACAAUACUUGAGGAAUUGCCAUCUUGCAACAAUCAUGAGAUGCCACUCAAGUUUCAGAGAAGGUGUGCGACGAUUACUGUGAGUAACUUGGGUGAGAACAGAGGUUCGAUUCUAAGGGUCCCAUAUUUCUCGACUUAAGCCGCACAAAUGCAUUUGUCAUGGUAACAGGAGCUGUUACACAUUUCCAGUAACUACUUGAAUUGGUGUUUAUGAUGCCUCAUAAUAACCAUCAUAUCUGUUUGUGCUUGCAUGAAUGAAGUGUCAAGUUUAUAGUUUCGAGCAUUGUUGCGGGUCAAUGUUACAUUUAUGGAAUGUCUGUUACAAGAUUGUAUGAUGGCUACAGAAUCGCUGAAGGCAUUGUGAACCCCAAAUGAAGUUGACGGUCACUUUUUGUUUUUUUGGUUUUGUCAAUUUUCCCCAUAUGCUGCUUUAUAGAAACAGGGAGGCCCUCCAUCAGGCACUGAGGCAUUAUAUUAAAAAUGACCAAAUGUUUAUUUUAUUACUAUUUAAAUGUAUUCCAUAGGGUUUUAGUUUCUUAUUUUAAUACGUAACAUUAGAGAUCCUGUGCAUAUACAUAUUGUUUUAGGCAUGGGCAAACUAUUGAGUGAACACCUAUUAGUUUAUGCAAAUGUAUGCAAAAGAGAACAUGAGAGCAAGCACCUGUUUCAUUGUUUCUUUUCAGAUUUAGUUUUUGGAUUAUAUUGUACUCAGAAACUUUGUUUACCAUUUAAAUAAAUUCAUCAA